UCAUGAGGAAUUUGAGGUGUGAAUGGUUAUUAACAUAUCUUUUGUUUCCAAGGGUGGGAGAGGUUUGAGGUGUGUGGUCAUUACAUGUGACAAGCUUGAUAGGAACAUCCUGUUUUCAGUGUUUUGUCCAUCUGAGUACCUUGAAAACACUUGCAUGCAUGCAUUUUUCAUGAUGAAAAAAAGGCUCUGGACAGCAUCGGGAACUAGAAGAGUUCAAAAAAAUUUCAGACACAAAUGCUUAUAAAUGCGGUUUGCCCAUUUUGCAUUUAAAACGCUGAUAGAAUCAACUGCUGAACGCAAGUUUUCUGCGU